CCGAUAUUGAAUUUACAUCAGUAAUAAAUUAACUUCAAUUCCUCUACCAUCACAAAAUAUCAUCAAAAAUGAAACUGUUCUUGAUAACUCUUAGCGUCAUCUAUAUGGCAUAUGCUUCCCCCUCGCUGAGAACUGCAAAGGAUUUGGCUGCUCUAAGAGCUUUACCAGCUUUGGAACAUGAGGAAAUACACGAUGAAUAUGGACAGUAUGCACUGAGAUAUGUUACAGCUGAAGGAACUAUUGUAUCAGAGCGCGGCCGUCUUGUGCCGGACUCUGAAGGCAAAGGAUAUGUACUCAUCAUAGAGGGAGAGAUUUCCUACAUCGGCGAUGACGGCAACUUGUACAUCACCAGGUUUACCGCCGGUCUUGAUGGAACGAGUGUGGAAGGAAACAAUAUGCCUGUACCAUCUAAGCCUAUUGCACCUGCUGUUCCUGUAGUCCCUCGUGUGCCUAAACCUGUACCCACUCCGGUACCAAUGCGGUCGCACAGAGUGCCUCAUUAUAAAUAA